AAAUAUUUGAUAAUGAUCAUUGUUGAUUAGCUUUCGAACAACCGGCCCUACAGGUAUCUACCACAUUUUUUAAAGAAUAUAUGAAAUAAAUAGUCAUUAAAAAUCCAAACUUAUUUUUUUUAAAUAUACACAUUUUCAAUACAUUCCUACUUUCCGAGUUCAUUUCAAUGAGUGAAGUGAAUGAAUUUGAAUGCAGCAUUCUGGGUGACGUCACUACCGCCAUUAGAUUCUCGACGCUGAUUGGUGGAAAGUUACCAUGUCUAUUUAUGAACCUUGACCAACUUUCAUCUUUUACAGUGCGUUUCUUCCGUCGGGCCAAUCAUGAGGCAGAAUUUUGUUCUGUCACUCAACGUGGCCCGUCCCCUCAUCCCUUUUGUAAAAAGUUAUUUGUCAACAUAUUCAAAUUUUGUUAAUUAUUUGUUAAAUACAAUGGGUGUUAAGUUAUUAAUUUAAUAAAAAUAUAUCGUAGUGUAAUUUCAAUAUUUCAGAUAAAUAUAAGUCUUCUUCUUCUUCUUCUUAUAAAUAUAAGUUGUUAAUUCGGGGUUAUCGGUUAUAUCCACACACAUACGAUAAUGAACAUUUUAAAGACCAGGAAAUGAAACAAAAAAUAAAUGAAUGAACAUUUUAAAGACCAGGAAAUGAAACAACAUAGUUGGAAAUUCCACGGCAGCAAGAAGCAUACCUACGUUUAUUGCCUAAUCCAUUGUAACACAAAACAGAUAAAUAUUUUAUAAAUAAUAGUAUAAAUAAAUAAACACAAAGUUUGUUUACGGUUCGUAUAAUUUAUAGGCCGUAUGUUGUUGAAUUAAGUCAUUGCUUCUACUCAUGCGCAAGCGCAAAAAUUCCGCUACGUCGAAUUAUAAAUUGACAUAUUAUUUUCUUAUGUCUCCAGUCCGUUUCUUACGUCUCCGUUGCGUCUACGUCUACGCUACGUCAAACUAUAAAUCCAACUUUAUGCAACGCUUACGAAACGAUGUUGCUUACAGGAGGUUGCCUAGGCAACGUUAAGACAACUCAAAAAUCGUCCACCAAAUCAGUGCAGAAUAGGGUCGUCUUCUAGGCAAUUGGCUCCGUGCGUCUCCCCUCUACUUACAGUCACGUGACACGCUGUCAGAUUUUGUAAGGACGUUUUAACAUUGAGUCUUAUGGGAUUAUUUUGUUAAACUUGAAUAUUUUAUUUUGUAGUGAUAAUAACCGAAUACAAUUGUUAGAAUUCAUUAGUUAUUAAUUUAUACUGUAAUUUAUAGUGCAACAAAAAUAUUUUCUUUUUCGUUAAUAAAGAUUUAUUGACAUAAACUGCGAUAGUGAGGUUAUGUAUACAAAAUCAAACUGAUAAUAAAUAUUGGAAAGUGAAGAAUUUAUAUCAGAUUAAGUGAGUUUUUAUUUUCUGUUUAUAUUAAUAUAUAAAUAUAAUAUCACUAGCGUGACACGGCAUUUUUUUUAAAUGUCUCAAUUAAACAUACACAAAGCGUCCUUAUAAAAUUUCAAAAAACCGCCACCAUGAGCAGGUCAGUCGAUUUUGCUUUGACACUUUGUUAACGCUCUGAGCGAAUAACAACGUUGUAAGAAAACGUUGCCACGCGGUAGACAACGUUUUCGCGUCGACAAAUUGCUACUUGGGAAGUAACCCUCGAAUCCAUCAAUUGUUUUAAUUACACUUUAAGCACACUACACUCUAAAAUAAAUGUGUUGUAAAGUGUCCAAUCUGAUAAAAUAUUUACCGUCUUUUCAGUUGGCAUCAGUCCAUUUUAAUUCGUAUCUACUUAUCCAAUAUGUAUAUUUAUUUGCAAAUUUUAUCAUUUAACCUAACCUAUUUUUUAUAGUUUAGACUUGCUUCAUCUGUUUCUAUCACAUAUCUAAAAGAUAAAUAAUUUAAUUGAAAUCUACACUAACAUUUGUUUAAGCGAGGCCGCAGACUGCAGACUUUUUAGUCAGCCGAUAGUUUAGUUGGGUUCUUAAUCAGUACAGAGAAGUAUGCAGGUGCGCACAUUACACCGAUUCAGUCUCGGCCGACAACUGACGCUAGGAGAUAGGAACAGCCCAACCCGACUAAACUAUCGGCCGACUAAAAAGUCUGCAGUCUGCGGCCUCGCUAAAAGCGCAUUUACAAUAGAUAUUAUGAAUACUAUGAAAGUAUGAAAUCUAGUAGUUGAAGAAAGAAUAAUCUUUUUUCUUGUGAUAGGUCCAUUGCACAUGAUUUAAAUUUUGGCACGAAAUUUAAUAUGACAUUGCUUGCACAUGCGCAAAUAAAGGAACGAAUUGGACAAAUUAGGGAUUCCAAUGAACUGUCAGUGGUGGCCGGUGGAUGGCUAAACUGACAUGGCCAUAGACAUAGUUAAGGGGGGUGGUCAUGGCGUAUCUAAUGUUUACCUUGAAUAUUGACAAAUUUGUAAAGAAUAUCCUGUUUGGUUUUGUUUUUUUGUUAAUUGUGUAGCGAAAUUUGUGAAAUUGUGAUAGCAAAUUAAAUAUGAAGUGGUUUAAACAUUGGAUACGCCUAUGGAUGACAGUUUCGCCAUCCAGCAGCCAUAUUAUAUCACGUGAUUUGGAAUGCCUAAUUAACGUCUCCUAUCCACCGGCCAUUUUUGACAGUUUAUUGGAAUCCCUAAUUGAAAAACGUCAACCUUUUUAACAAAAAAAACCAUAGGCGGUGAUUUGAAUUUUUAUUAAUUAAAUGCGAAACUACAAUAUUAUAUUUAUUUAAUUUAUUCACCAAAUUCAAAAUCACCAAAUUCCGGGCCUUAAACAAAAAACUGUACAAUUAAUUUCCCAUGGUACAAUAAAAUUGAAACUUUAUUGUACCAUGGGGCCAUUCCAUAUUCCAUCCGUAUAGGGCUUUUCAUCGAUUGUCAUUUGUUUCGAGCUUCUGUCAUAUGUUGUAUUCUCCUUUUCAUGAACAUUUUUCAGUGCGUCACAAAUUAUAGAAAAAAAGGUAAGUCCGUGAUAAUACACAUUUAUUCUAACAUUCAUUUAUGACAUUUAUUCUAACAUGACAUUUUAGUUAAAUCUGACAGUUGUCAAAUUUUAUUUUCAAUUUGGAAUAAAACCAAAUCAAUUGUGUCUAUUGCAUUUAUAAAAUGGUAUUUUCUUUCAUUUGUAUAGUCUUAAAGUAGCUUUACAUCAAGGCUAUGCAAGUCUCAUGCUAUGCAAGUCCGUCUUGCAUGGCAUAUCUCUUGCCUAGCUUGACCUUUUUACAUCAGAGCUAUUUCUGUGCAAUUUUGGAUACCACUUUCAUUGUUGCCAAUAGAAGAAAUAUAUCAAAAUAUUAUCUUUAGAUAUUUCACUUGGAAAUUUCAGUCCAUAAUUAAAUAUAUUCAAAUAUAAAUCACAAAUUACUACAUCCAAUAAAUACCAUUUAAACUUACACAAUAAGGUUAAGUUUUUUUCUAUUCAUAAAUUUUGUCAUAUUGGCAACAUUAAAUUUUGACAGGACUUGCAUCAAAAUAGCAUGAAAAAUAGAACAUGUUUUAAUUUUUCGUCUAGCACAGGAAUUGCAUGGAAAUAGCGCGUGGGCAUGCGCAGUAGCGUGAUCUGUCUUGCAUGGCUCUUGCCUAGCAUGAAAAUAGCAUAAUGUAAAACUGUCUUUAUAAAUUGUACAGAUUAUAUUGAUAAUAGUAUUAUUUUAUUUAAUAAAUAAUUCUUUUUUGAUUAUGGCGCCAUCUAUCGACAACUAGAAUAAUCACCAAACUAGAAUAAUUACCAAAGUAUUCACAGACGAACCUUUUUUUCUGUCACAUACAAUUUAAUGCGUUAGAGAGAAAUCGAAAAACUGUGACGCACUGAAAGAUGAUCAUGAGAAAAAGAAUAUAAUUAAUAUGCACGGAUUUUACGACAUUUGACAGAAGCUCCAAACAAAUGACUGACAGUUCUUUGGUCAUUACGUGUUUUUUUGAGGUUAUAUGUUAUUAUUAUUAUUUUUAUUUUACUUUACAGUUUACACAGUAUUUUUUGAUAUUUUUCAUAAUACAAAAACAAGAUAGACGUAUUAUAUAUUACUAAAAAUCAUGUUCAAUCAAAGUGAAGUAAAAGAAGAAGUUGGUGAAACGACUUGCAAAAGAGAAAUAGAUAAUGAAGUAGAUGAAGUUCUAGAGGACACCUGUAAAAUCGAAAUUAAGGAUGAACCUAUCAGGGAAAGUACAAAUGAUACAUUUGAUUAUUUAGAGGUUAAGAAAUGUCCUAUAAAAGCUGAAAUCAAACAAGAUGAUGGUUUCUCCUGUAAUGACAUGAAAACUGCUGCCAGUAGCCUCUUAACACAGCAUGCUAGAACUGACAGUAAUUUGAAGCAGUGUAUAACUUCCACUACCAAUGUGAACACUGGAGGACAACGUUUUAUAUGUAUCAUUUGCAAGAAAUCUUUGUUAAACAAUUAUCGUUUAGAACUACAUAUGAGGAUACACGCUGGGAAAAAAUCUUUUGCAUGUGAAAUUUGCACCAAACAGUUUUUAACCAAGGGUAAUUUAAAAGCACAUAUGACAGUGCAUACGGGUGAAAAACCAUUUGAAUGUGAAAUUUGCAAUAAACAGUUUUCAACGAAAGGAGUUUUAAAAUCACAUAUGAGAGUGCAUACUGGUGAAAAACGAUUUGGAUGUGAAAUUUGCACCAAACAGUUUUUAACAAACGAUAAUUUAAAAUCACAUAUGAGAGUGCAUAUUGGUGAAAAACUAUUUGAAUGUAAAACUUGCACCAAACAAUUUUCAAUAAAAAGUAAUUUAAUAGCACAUAUGACAGUGCAUCCUGGUGAAAAACGAUUCGAAUAUGAAAUUUUCAAUAAACAGUUUUCAAUUAACCAAGAUUUAAAAAGGCAUAUGAACGUGCAUAUUGGUGAAAAAUCAUUUAAAUGUGAAAUCUGCGCCAAACAGUUUUCAACGAAACCACUUUUACAAGCUCAUAUUGUAAGAGUGCAUACUGGUGAAAAACCAUUUGAAUGUGAAAUUUGCAACAAACAAUUCUCAACGAAACCAGUUUUAAAAUUACAUAUGAGAGUGCACACUGGUGAAAAACCAUUUGAAUGUGAAAUGUGCAAAAAACAGUUUUCAACGAAACACGGUUUACAAUCGCAUAUGACAGUGCAUCCUGGUGAAAAAUCAUUUAAAUGUGAAAUCUGCAUCAAACAGUUUUCAACGAGACCACUUUUAAAAUCGCAUAUAAGAGUGCAUACUGGUGAAAAACCAUUUGAAUGUGAAAUUUGCACCAAACAGUUUUCAACUAAACACGUCUUACAAUCGCAUAUGACAAUGCAUUCUGGUGAAAAAUUAUUUAAAUGUGAAAUUUGCAUCAAACAGUUUUCAACGAAACAAGUUUUAAAAUCACAUAUGAUAGUGCAUACUGAUGAAAAACCAUUUGAAUGUGAACUUUGCAAUAAACAGUUUUCAAGAAAACAGGUUUUGGAAUUGCAUAUGAGAGUGCAUACUGGUGAAAAACCAUAUGAAUGUAAAACUUGCAUCAAACAAUUUUCAAGAAAGAGUAAUUUACUAGCACAUAUGACACUGCAUACUGGUGAAAAACCAUUUGAAUGUGAAAUCUGCACCAAACAGUUUUUAACGAAACAAAAUUUAAAGACGCAUAUAAGAGUGCAUACAGGUGAGAAACCAUUUGAAUGUGAAAUUUGCAAUAAACAGUUUUCAAGAGAACAAAUUUUGAAAGUGCAUAUGAGAGUGCAUACUGGUGAUAAAACCAUUUGAAUGUGAAAUGUGCAAAAAAAAACAGUUUUCAACAAAAGACGGUUUACAAUCGCAUAUGACAGUGCAUCCUGGUGAAAAAUCAUUUAAAUGUGAAAUCUGUACAAAACAUUUUUCAAAGAUACGACUUUUAAAAUCGCAUAUCAAAGUGCAUACUGGUGGAAAACCAUUUGAAUGUGAAAUUUGCAAUAAACAGUUGUCAACGAAACCAGUUUUAAAAUUGCAUAUGAGAGAGCACACUGGUGAAAAACCAUUUGAAUGUGAAAUGUGCAAAAAACAGUUUUUAAGGAAACACGGUUUACAAUUUCAUAUGACAGUGCAUCCUGGUGAAAAAUCAUUUAAAUGUGAAAUCUGUACAAAACAGUUUUCAAACACACGACUUUUAAAAUCGCGUAUCAAAGUGCAUACUGGUGAAAAACCAUUUGAAUGUGAAAUUUGCAAUAAAGAGUUUUCAAGAAAAUAUGUUUUGAAAUUGCAUAUGAGAGUGCAUACUGGCGAAAAACCAUUUGAAUGUGAAAUGUGCAAAAAACAUUUUUCAACGAAAGACGGUUUACAAUCGCAUACGACAGUGCAUCCGGGUGAAAAAUCAUUUAAAUGUGAAAUCUGCACCAAACAGUUUCCAACGAAACAAGUUUUAAAA